AUGUUAAAUCUCCAAGCUUCAAAUCUCUUCUCGGUCCAGGGUCGCGUCGUGGUCAUUAUUGGCGGAGGCAGCGAAGGCUAUUUCUCCAGGCCUGGGCCGGAUUAUGGCCAAGCCAUCGCUAUCAACGGUGCUUCUAAGACUUUCGUCCUCGGACGCCGGGAAGACGCUCUCCGUGAGACAGCUGCCCCCGCACGGGACGGGGUCAUUAUCCCGAUUAAAUGCGACAUCACAUCAAAGGAGUCCCUAGUAUCAGCAUACCAGGCUCUCAUAGCACAUAUAUCCCAUGUCGACAUCCUCUUCGCUAACGGCGAUCUCCUGGGUCCGCUCAUGCGCCCGCCCCUGCCUAAGGCUGACGGCACACUGCCAUCGCUUUCAGAAAUACGCGAUGAGUUGUUCAACGUCCCAAUGGAGGAGUUUACAAAUGUCCUGGACGUCAACGUUACCGGCUCAUACUAUACGGUGAUAAUUACUAGCUCUAUUGCGGGUUUCCACCGAAAAGUGCCGUUUAGCUAUGCAUAUAAUGCGUCCAAGGCUGCCACUACUCAUAUCGUGAAGAUGCUUGCCACUAAUCUAUCCUCGUAUGAUAUUCGACUCAAUGGUCUCGCACCGGGACUGUAUGACUCCGAUAUGGCCAAUAAUGGCAUUGUUGAGAGUGGUGUUCAGGGCGGUGGCAUCUCCGAAGGUUCUUUCCCGAGGGAUAUGAUUCCUCUGACUCGAAGUGGUAGUGAGGAGGACUUCGCUGGUUUGAUCAUCUGGCUAGCCAGCAACUCUGGCGGUUACGUAAAUGGUGCUGUUCUGCUUAGUGAUGGUGGGCGGGUCAGCGUGGUCCCGAAUACGUAUUAG